ACAGUGACAGCUGUAAAUGUUUGAUUAUCAUAUGUUUACUGUCAAAACAUUUCGUGAUCUCUUCAUAAAUUAGCUGAAAAGCUGCAUCCAAAUUACAUAAGUUUCAAAUAAAACAAUGAUCCGGAGUUUCUGCAGCAAAACGGCCCCGUUCGUUUUGGGAGCAGCAGCUGUUGCCAAAGUCGAAACGAGCAACACUGACAAAACACCGAAACCGAUCAUUUGCAAACCCUCUGAGCUCCCGUUGUACCGGCCCAUAAAUCAGAAAAUUUCCUAUGAGGGCGAAGGACCCAAAGAUGAGACACCAUCGAAACCUGUUCAGCUUAUAGAGGAAGGAAUACGGACAGUGCGAGUGCAGCUAUCCGAAGCAUCGAAACUGGUGACAGACCAGAAAAAACGAAUCACCGAUCUGUACGAUGAAGGGAAAUCACAAACCAAAUUUGUUCGUGACUAUCUCAAUGAGGAGGGUAAUACGAUGCCUCGCGUUGGAGCCAUAGCUAUCGGUGGUCUGGCAGGUCUUAUCUUCGGUCUUCGAGGAGGCUUCUUCCGACGCUUGAUCUAUACUUCGAUCGGCAGCGGUGGUGUCGCCUCAUUGUGUUACCCACAGGAAGCGGAAAUGUACGCGCAGCACGGUUUAGUUGAGGCUAAAAAGUAUGCCACAAUUGGAUAUAAUUUCGUGUAUGGCGUAAAACCUGGUGAUAAGCAGCUGGAGCUACCAACCAUCCCAACCAGUUUGGGUGAAUUGAAGGAUAGUGUUUCUGGGUUAGCCAAAUCUGCUUAUGAUACUGUGUUUCCCAAGAAAUAGGGAUAAAUAAUUAAAGCCGCGAAAUAAUAAAAUGAAUUGUUAAUGAA